AUGGCGGCGAUGGCGGGCCUGGAACGCUGGGUGUCCGGGCAGCUGCAGGAGCUGCUGGGCCUCAGCGCCCGCCAUGUCCCCGCUUUCCUGGUGGCGCUGGCGCGGCGGAGCCGCAGCCUGGAGGAGCUGCUGGAGCGGCUGCGCGAGACCGAGGCCCUGCGCGUGGAGGAGCCGCGCGUGCGCGAGUUCGCGAGCCAGCUUUGGGAAAAGGUGCCACGGGAAGCCCCCCGGGAGCCCCCCGGGCGCGCGGCCGAGCGGGCGGCGCUGGAGCUGCAGCGGCAAAACCGCGGCUACCGAUUGGUGGAGAGCGACGAGGAGGGGCCGGGCCCCGCCCAGGACCACGCCCAGGACGAGCCACGCCCACGCCGGCGACACCUGAGGCGCCGACGCCGCUCCGAGUCCCCCCCCGAGGCCACCACGGCCUAUGAAGAAGCCCAAAAACGCCUCAAAAUGGCUGAGGAGGACCAAAAAGCGCUGAUCCCGGAGCUGCGCAAGCGCUCCCGCCGCGAGUACCUGGCCAAGCGCGAGCGGGAGAAGCUGGAGGAGCUGGAGCUGGAGAUCCAGGACGAGGAGCUGCUCUUCGGGGAGGAUUCCCUGAGCGCCCCCGAGCUGCGGGAGCUGCGCUACAAGCGGCGCCUGCGGGACCUGGCCCGGGAAUACAAACGGGCCGGGGACAGGGAGCAGCUGGAGAGGAGCAGCCGCUACCACAUCCCCGAGGAGACGCGGGAAAAGGAUGUCCCCGAGGCCGUCCCCGAGGCCGAGAGGCGCCGUCAGUCUCUCCAGGACGGCCGCCGGGCUCUGCCCAUUUUCCCCUUCCGGGACGAGCUGGUGGCGGCCGUGGGGCAGCACCAGGUGCUGGUGAUCGAGGGAGAGACGGGCUCGGGGAAAACCACCCAGAUCCCCCAGUACCUGCACGAGGAGCGUGUCCCCAGUGUGAUCAUGAUUGACGAAGCCCAUGAACGGACCCUGCACACGGACGUGCUCUUCGGCCUCAUCAAGGACAUCGCUCGUUUCCGGCCGCACCUCAAGGUCCUGGUGGCCUCGGCCACGCUGGACACCGAGCGCUUCUCGGCCUUCUUCGACCACGCGCCCGUGUUCCGCAUCCCCGGGCGGCGCUUCCCCGUGGACAUCUACUACACCAAGGCUCCCGAGGCCGAUUACCUGGAGGCCUGUGUGGUGUCAGUGCUGCAGAUCCACGUCACCCAACCCCCCGGGGACAUCCUGGUCUUCCUCACCGGGCAGGAGGAGAUCGAGGCCUGUGUGGAGCUGCUCCAGGAGCGCUGUCGCCGCCUGGGCUCGCGCUUGCCUGAGCUGCUGGUCCUGCCCAUCUACGCCAACCUCCCCUCGGAGCUGCAGGCCCGGAUCUUCGAGCCCACCCCCCCGGGAGCCAGGAAGGUAGUGGUGGCCACCAACAUCGCGGAGACGUCGGUGACCAUCGAUGGCAUCGUGUACGUGCUGGACCCGGGCUUCUGCAAACAGAAGAGUUACAGCGCCCGCACCGGCAUGGAGUCCCUGGUGGUGACACCCUGCUCCAGGGUAACGGCACCUGUGUGUCACCUGUGUGUCACCUGUGUGUCACCUGUGUGUCACCUGUACGGGUGCACGGAGGAGGUGCUGACGGUGGCGGCCAUGCUGUCGGUGAACAACGCCGUGUUCUACCGGCCCAAGGACAAGGUGCUGCACGCGGACAGCGCCAGGGUGGCCUUCAGUGUCCCCGGGGGGGAUCACCUGGUGCUGCUCAACGUCUACAACCAGUGGGUGGCCAGCGGUCACUCUCUCCAAUGGUGCUACGAGCAUUUUGUCCAGGCGCGUUCCCUGCGCCGCGCCCGCGACGUGCGGGACCAACUGCAGGGGCUGAUGGAGCGCUUCCUGUCCCCCCAGGCCAUCACAGCCGGGUUCUUUUACCACACGGCCCGCCUGUCCCGGGGCGGGUACCGCACGGUGAAGCACCAGCAGCCCGUGUUCAUCCACCCCAACAGCGCCCUGUUCUCCCUGCAGCCCCGCUGGGUGCUCUACCACGAGCUGGUGUGCACCUCCAAGGAGUUCAUGAGACAGGUGAUCGAGAUCGACAGCUCCUGGCUGCUGGAGGUGGCCCCCCAUUAUUACCAGGCCAAGGAGCUCGAGGACGGCAGCGGCCGCAAAAUGCCCAAAAAAGCCGGGAAAUCACGGGAGGAGCUGGGCUGACACACCUGGACACACCUGGGGACACCUGGGGACACCCCAAUACAGCCCCCGAGGCAGAGAACCGGCGCCACCCCCGCCCGGGGACGCCGCUGUCCC